AUGGCGACAGGCGCUGGCGAGUGUCCGAGCAAGGCCGUUCAGUACCGGGUAGAUCACCUCCUCAGUGCGGUGGAGAGUGAGCUGCAGGCCGGGAGCGAGAAGGGUGACCCCACGGAGAGGGAGCUGAAAGUGUCCUUGGAUGAGAGCGAGCUGUGGCAAAAGUUUAAAAACCUCACAAAUGAAAUGAUAGUUACAAAGAAUGGCAGGCGCAUGUUUCCGGUGCUGAAAGUGAGCGUGUCUGGACUGGACCCGAACGCCAUGUAUUCCUUUUUGCUGGAUUUCGCGUCUGCAGACAACCACAGGUGGAAAUACGUCAACGGAGAGUGGGUGCCUGGUGGAAAACCCGAACCUCAAACUCCCAGCUGUGUGUACAUCCACCCAGACUCCCCAAACUUCGGCGCGCACUGGAUGAAGGCUCCCGUCUCGUUUAGUAAAGUCAAACUCACAAAUAAGCUCAACGGAGGAGGUCAGAUCAUGUUAAAUUCUUUGCACAAGUAUGAGCCACGCAUUCAUAUAGUUCGGGUUGGAGGCCCACGGAGGAUGAUCACCAGCCACUCUUUCCCAGAGACACAGUUUAUUGCAGUAACGGCGUACCAAAAUGAAGAGAUAACUGCCCUGAAAAUAAAGUACAACCCUUUUGCCAAAGCCUUUCUAGACGCAAAGGAGAGGACUGAUAAUAAAGACAUACGAGAAGAUGCCAGUGAAAACCAGCAAUCUGGUUACUCUCAGUUGGGUAGCUGGUUUAUUCCAGGGGCAGCUCCUCUCUGCCCUUCAGCCAGUCCUCACAGCCAGUUUGGGAGUCCAAUCUCCCUCUCGCCAUCCCAUGGUUGCGAGCGCUACUCAACUCUGAGGAACCACCGCUCUGCCCCUUACUCCAGCCCGUAUACCCAUCGGACCAACUCACCCACCAGUUUCUCAGACAACUCUUCAACCUGUCUGUCGAUGCUUUCAAGCCAUGAUAACUGGUCCAGUCUUCAGAUGCCAACACACUCGAGCAUGAUUCCCAUGGCACAUAACUCCACCUCUGGUACCAGUUCUAGUCAGUACACCAGCCUGUGGUCUGUGAGCAACUCGUCACUCACUCCGGUGUCCCACAAUGGGGGGAUAAACAACUGUCUGAGCUCCCAGUUUCUUCGAGGUUCCAGCAGCCACUAUCCCACCCUGUCUCAUUCAGCAACAGUGCCCUCCUCUGGCUCUCCCAUGUACGACAACAGCACGGCCACAGAAGUGCAUGAUACGGCUCAGUAUGACCUCUCGCCACUUGGCCGACUGCCAUCCGCCUGGACCCCAGUUACGCCUCCGUCCCUGUAA